AUGUCUAUUACAAUACACAACAACACCCAAUAUUACAUUCAUGUGGUGUUGUCACAGGUUGGUCCACUCUACGAUGCAGUGAUACCUCCUGGCCAAGAAUACACAUUCCAAACAGGAAGGGUUUACUUUACCAUCUCCGCCACAAAGUACGAUCAUGAGGAACAGUGCAACCGCAUUUCUACCGCUGAUAUUGCGUUACCGAUCGUUGGGUUGUCAACGCUUGUGGGAGUAGUUGCAACGAGUUUGGCUGGAUUAGGUGUUGGUAUCUAUGUAGGUAUUAGUACUGGCGCUCUGGCUGCUUGUGUUGAAGCUGGGACUAUCUCUGUUUGUUCAUGCUGUGCUGCUGCUGGUGUUGGUGCUGCUGGUACAGGUACUGGUACUGCUGCUAGUGCUGUUGGGGUGGUUGAAAAAAGUGUUGAGGCAGGCAAAAUGAUGCUUGUUAAAGAUGUAGCAGGGUUUGUUAAAAAGUUGUUACCAAUGGGCUAUAGUGGAGAAGUUAAUCAGAGAAAUGUAUUAGCCAGAAAUAAGGGGGUCCAUUGGCAUGUCGAUUUGAUGAAUGGCGUUUUGAGUCUUAGAAAAGGAGACUGA